GCGUCUGAGACGAAUCACACAGACGUUGAGUAUUUUUAACGAUGUGUGAGAGCCGGACAACUUGUAGCCAUGGGAGCUGCGUAAAGUUGCGCGCGCAUCUUCGCUUCUGUGCGUAAAUGAGCUCUAUGGAGUGUGUGAGAGGAGAGUUUGCGAGUGCCGGCGAGGCCGGGUCGCAGCGGCGUAUUACAGCGGCAAAAAGUAAGGAAGUUUAAGGUGUUUGCUGGAAAAAUCAUUAAGUGCCAGUCCGCCAUUCGCGAUUCGAAUCUGAUCAGUCGCGAGUAUUUUGUACGCAACAACGCAAACGAGGCGAGUUGCAGAGAGCGUCGGGAUCCCGUAGAAGAGUUAAAGCAGCGGGAGGUGAAGGAGGGGGAUUAACUACACAGUCUACACACUGCUGCCGGAACGAAACGAACGCCGGUAGCACCGAGCGCAGCGCAUGCACGGUUUUGACGUCGGGAGAGACUAUUUCGGCGUUGACAAGGACAUCCACGGCAUGGAAUGGACCAGAGACAAGACCCUGGAGCUCCUUCACGCCUACCAGGAGAGGCGAAUGCUCUGGGAUUGGGGCGCCAGGGGAUACAGAGACAGGACAAAGCGGCGCAGGGCGAUCCAGGAACUCGCCGACAUGCUCAACUGCAACACCCUUGAAAUCGAGAAGAAGAUUACUAAUCUCAAGUGUCAGUACUCCCGAGAAGUUCACAAGAUACAAAACAGCCGGGACGUCGCUACUGGACCGGAUGAUAUUUAUGUUUCAAAGUGGUUCGCUUUCAAAGCUAUGCAGUUUCUCCGGUUUGGAACACGUCGGUACAGCAAAAGGAAGAAGAAAGUCGACCCAAUCAAGAUUGAGGAGGAAGAGUACAUAGUGAGCGACAUCGAUCCUGAAAGUAUCGCAUUUCACGGCUGUGACGACGGUACAAAUGGUUCAGCGACAGGGUCUGUGAUAAACGCAUCGCUCAGCGAGGAUGCUGAAGAGUCAUUUUUGUCCAGUAUCAAAAUAGGGGAAAAUGACAGGCUUGGAUUGACAAUGAAGGACGAAAGAUCGAUAGAUCCGAAUGAUGAGGAAAUGAACGCUGAAGGACACAACGAUGAGGAUUGGAAAAUCAAGGAGGACUACGUAAAGUUUGGCGAGAGUAUCGCUGCUCAGCUUGCUCAAGUGCCGGACUCCUAUUCCAGAUCCGUGGCAAAGCUCAGGAUCAAUCAGAUCCUCUUUGAAGCUGAGAUUGGUGUUUAUGCGCAAACUAGGUCUUGAAUGGAAUGAAAGGCAAAUCGUAAUUUUAUUUCCCAUUCGCUUAGCCUCAGAGUUGCCUGUGAAAAAGAGAAUGAAAAAUUAUUGAAUUUGAUUAAACACUCAUGUGUGUCGUAUCAUAGAUUGCGGACAAUUCAUGUGGUUGAAGAACAAAUUAUGAAUCUUCUGUUGACAAAUGCGAUUUGGCAACUUUUAAACACGCUGUUCAUGUUCAGUGAUAUAACAGAUAUUUUAUUAUAAGCUUGAAUUUUACACAGCUGGAGAAGUGAAAUUUAGGAUAGUCUCAUUGUACUUCAGGUCAAAGAGACCUACUACUAGGACAUUCGUCUCGCCUUUUACAAGAAAACUUAUAUUCACGUAAAAUCAUUGUUAUAGGUAUAUGAUGAAAGGCUGAUUGACAUUAAAUUAUAGAUUAAGGAUUCUCGUAUUACUUACGAAAACGAAACAUUACAAUACGUAUUUUUUAUCAGUGUAAUGUACAGAUUGUUUCCUUAUGUAACAGUAUUUCUAAUUCGUAAGAUUGUUUUUAUUCGUACUUAUAAAGUAUACCACGUAGGGCAUUGAAGGUGAAUAUUCAGCAGGCCCUUGACUUUUUGAAUACAUCUUCAAUUGCCUGCAAAUAAACAAGAAUGUAUUAUCCGAUAAUAUUCGCGUAAAUUGAGGUAUCUACUUGAUUCUAUAAUUUAUCGCAGACACGAUUGUUUGAAUUCUAAUAUUUUAUUUUACAAAGAUUUUCAAUCGUGUUUAUGGUAAAUUAAUUACUUACUCUGCUGUUCUGAGAAAGACUUGCUCCACUGCAUAGUUUAUAGGUAUAUUAUCGAAAAAAAUGAAGGGGGUGAAAUUGUAUUAUGUAAAUCAGUCACACGAAAUGCUGUAAAAGUCACGUGACAGUUAGUUUUUAUUCUUCCUAGCUACAACAGCUACAUGGUAAAGUGUAACAAUGUGAGAAGAUACACUUUCUCAAACUUAUACCAUUACAAUCGUACUUUGUUAAAAACCGGUGAUCAGAACGAUCUUCUAGUGUUGUGAUAACUGAUAAGUAUAAUAUAGUCGUAAAAUAUAUUAAAAGUUCGAUUUAAUGAAAUAUUACGAAAAACACAAAAAACAAAUCCUUCAACUUUGAUGUCGAACAUAAAUAGUAAUACCUAUGUAGAUAUGUAGUUUACGCACGUAAGGCAGAACUACCCUCUACAUAAUUAUAAUCAAAACCUUAAAGACAUUUUUACGACAGUGCUGCGUCUUCGAAAGAAGAUUUGGCCAUUUUUGUACCAAUUUAUAUAUGGACCUUUUAAACUUACAUAAAAUGAUGAAUUUAUUGUUAGGUUAAUUUGUGCACAAUAUUUUGUUUUUGAAUAAAUAUUUACACCGAAUA